GACAAAGGAAGUCAUAUUUAUAAAGGUGUUUUGUUCCUCCCGAAAAAUAAUGAUGGAAAACCAGUCUAUAUCGUCUUAAAAUGGACUUGAAAAUGAAGAGGGAUCACUUAUCUAUUUGUUCAGUUUAUCAUCCACGACUAUGAGACAACGGAAAAAAAUUCCUCGACGUUUUGUCAUCGACAGUGCUACGGAGGCUUCCUUCACGACUCUUUCAGCUUCUCGAAUAAAAACUCACAGAAAGGACUGUCCUCUUUGUCACUAACAGGAAUUUCCGGAACACAGAAAGACUACGGUUUCGUAGGAGAAGUAUCUGACAAGAUGCUGUACGUGUUUUCGGUUGAUAUAGGUGUCAUGUACACCUUUGAAAUAGAGCUCGCGAUGGAAAGUGUACAGACACUUAUGUCURCAGUGGCCACUGCCACAGGAAUCCCAUUUGACAAACAAGUCCUGCUAAUCACAGGAGGAGAAGCCUUGGAUCCCAGUGACAGAGUUUGUAACUAUAGCAAUGCUGGAACAGAUACCAGUCCCAUCUUUCUGUUCAGUAAGAGUACCAUUGAAUCCUCUGUUCCACCUUCACCAAGCCUUACAUUUGGAUCAGAAGCUAAUCUAAAAGAACAAGUCGAAGUCUCCUUUAACCUUCCACCCACCUAUGAAACUCUCGUAUCUAGGGCUCAGCUGGCAUCAGAAUUCAACCACUAUGCUAUUGAAAUUGCUAGCAAUUGUGAAGCAUUAAUCAGUGAACAGUCAUUUCAACAGCAAGGCUGGGGAGCUGUAGUAGCUAACCUGGACAAUAUAGCCAAGGAGUUCAACGAGAGAGCAACUGUCGUACAGCAAAGUUAUAAAGAGUUUUUAGAAUCAAGACCAAGAUAUCUGGAAAUGUUAAAUGGUUAUGAUGAAAUUCUUCAAAUUCUUGCUGAGAUCCCUGUGCUGCCAUGUCUGUUGUCCAGCCAGCAUGCGAACAGGCCAGAGUCCAGGGACAGCAUCAGCCUUCUUGAAUGGAUUAGUGCGCAAGAUCACAAGAACAGUCUGCAAGAUAUAGUUGCCCAAUGUAGUUCAGCUAUAGAACAGUUUGAUGAGAGUGUGAUGGAAGGUGUAAUGAAUGAAGUCUUUCAGGUACGGGAAGCACUUGACAAUACCAGCAUGAAAGAAAUUAAAGGUUUAGAUGAAAGGUUAAUGCAUCUGCAGCAGUUUCUCCAGAAAGUACAAGAACUAAUGCAGUCACAGUCAGAUAUGGCACAGGGCUUCAUUCAAAACCAAACAAGGGCACAGAACAUUGGAGAUGCAUCUGUUUUACCAGACUUGUGCGCAAGUCAUCAGAAACAGUUGAUGAUGUUGUUGAAGAACCACUCUCAGUUAAGGGAUUAUCUUCGUCGUUCUGCCAAAGCUAAAGAAGAAUUGUCAGUCAAUCUGCACACAAGACUGAGAUGGAUUAUGUACAUAGAAAAGAAAGUCUGUGAUACUGAUAGUACCUUGAUUAUGUACCAUGAAAAUAUUCGAAGGAUAAAACGAAGACUUGAUAUCCUGGAUCAAGUAAGUGAAGCACCAAAGAUGUAUGUUGUUGCUGCAGCAGAAGUUGUUCGCCGUAGGAAAUUGUCUUCUCAGUUUUUGAAAUGGGCCAAUAAAUUACAUGAGAAUGUUGCACAGAUGCAAGCAGAGGAAAAUGCAAGACGUGAAGAAUUUGCUCUUCAGUUUGGGCGACAUUUCUUACAGACAUUGUUUACAGGAAUGGAGGAUCGGCCUACAAAAUUUGCUGACAAACCCCCAAAGCCUUUUGACAGACAGCUGCCAAUCAUCACAGAUCAUGACCUUGAACACUUACAAUCAUUGGUUCCAAAGUUCAAAGAAUACUUAGAAGAAAGUCCAAUCAGCAUGAGCAUGGGAGAAGACUUCUCAGAAGGGAACUCACUCUCCAUGAUGUUGAAGCUACAAGAAUCACAAAUGUUGUCUUCACAAAGCUCUCAAAAACAAAUGUCAGCUAGUAAGACAUCUAUGAGUUUGGAUGCACCAACACAAGCUGUUUGGAUGGACGGUGGAGGUGUAGUUAUUGAGGAAUCCAAAGACUCACUUGAAGGUGAUGACAAAAGUCAAAGAUUAGGUCUGAUGAGCAAUUCUCAGACAUCAACAGAUGAAUCAGCACCAUUAAAUUUACACUCCAGUGAUGAAAACCCCCCGAAAAGCCAUCAGAAGGAUAGCGACACAGGGUCAGAGCCAAGCUCGGGUUUAACAGACAGUGACAUCAUGUUUAAGUCUGCACAAGAGGACUAUGUUACAGUUGAAGGUGCUGACUUGGACUCCAAAGAUGACAGGUUUUCGCAAAAUGAACCAGCUCCUCAUGCAUCAAUCACAGGUGAACACGACUCUAGUCAGACUGUCACACUUACAAGCUCUAGUUCGCAGAGUAUUACAGCUAGUACGCAGACGGAUUUUAGCUUGGAAGAAAACCUAACAUGCAGUGGAGGUGAUGAGGAUGAGAAAAAGAAAACUGAUUCUUUGUACUCAAAAGAAGCUGUCGUUAAACUUGAAGAGAGAAUCAUGGAACUGGAGGAUGAACUUAAAUGUAGCACAGAAGAAUUGAACACAGUUCUUCAAAAAAAUGCUCAACUACAGAAUCUUAAGAAAAAUUGUACAGAGUUGCUACGAAAUGUUGUGGUUGAAUUACGUGAGGAGAUUAAAAUGAGUAAGGAAUUGAUUUCAAAUUGUAAAGGAACAAUGAACAAAGAAAUACAAGUUGCGUGGAGUAAAAUACAGGAAUUUGCCGAAGAAGUAAUGAAUUCGGUUUCAACAUUUGAGUCUGAAAGAACUAAACAAGAAAUGGAUCAAAUCAUUCAACAACUCAGUGAAAAAUAUGAAAGUGAGAAAAGUGAAUUAGUAAACACUAAAGCACAAUUAGAUUUGAAAAUAAAUAAUAUAGCUAUGGAAUUACAAAAUGUUCAGGAAGAACAUAAUAUCACCAAGGCUAAGAAUGCAGAAGAGAUUCAAAGGUUAAUGGCGGAAUUAGAUGAGUACAGGGGACAGUGUGAAGAACAGCAGAUUAUGCUGAUGAAGUUGAAAGAAAACAAAGGACAGUCAGAGGAAGAACAGCAGACACGAUUCAAUGCUAUUAUGAUGAGAUUAAAGCGGGAAAAGGAUCAAAUUGUUGGUCAAUUGAAUGAAAAAAUGAAAGAAAUGGAAAUGGAAAAUAAGAAACAGAAAGUAGAAUUAACUGAAUUACAGCAAGAAAAGGAUUCUGUCAUGAAGGACAAAGAGUUGCUAGUUUUCAACUUCCAGGAGAAGGAGAAAGAGUAUGCCGCAUCAAUACAUACUCUUGAACAGAAGCUGCUAAAGAAUCAAAGCAUGACGGAAAUGAAAGAGAAAGAAUUUGAAAUGAAAUUAGAGAAUGAGAAAGCUGGUGCUUUAAUGUUGCUGGACUUGGAGAGGCACAUGUGGGAGGCAAAGAAAAGUAAACAAGAAGAUACAGAGAUGAAAGAAGAAGGCAGUAGCAAGCUGAGCUAUGUUGAGAAAUUAGAAGAACUUCAAAAGUCAUUGGUGGAGAAGGAUGAACAAAUAAAAGCUAUGAAGAAACAACUGUCACCUGGUGCAAGUGAAACUCAAAAGCCAGAGAAAGUUACCCUGAAAGACUUUCAGUGUGGUGACCUGAUCCUGUUGGUGUUUGACCCAAGAUAUGAGAAUUAUCUUGUGUUCACUACUGGAACCACCCUGUUCUUCUUGCAUCCUGAGUCAAUGAGUCUCUUAGACAUUGCCACAAGUGGCAAUAAAAGGCGUGACUGGGUGUUGGCACAGCUGACAGACAAGGAAUACUGUCAGGCAAAAAAGGCCCAUAAUCGCUUUCACGUUCCAGUUGGCACAAAGUUUUACAGAAUACAAGCCAAACAGUGGGAAAGAUGAUGUUGUACCCCACUCUUACAACAGGAAAAGCAUUGUACCCUCUUAUUCAAGAGGGCUUUAUAGCUUUGGCAUAACAAAUAUUCCUUUUUAGACCAUACACCAUUCCCUUGAGUAUCAUUGUUGUUUCUUACUGGUCAUAAUGCAAUCAUGACAUGGUCUGAAAUUGAAAACAUUAUGCCAAGCUGAAAAGCCUUGUCCAUCUUGCACUUCAUAUUUACAUUUUUUCUCCUCUAUCCAUUGAGCCAAGAUGUUAGGAUCAGUGAAGACUGAUCAGUGAAAUAGAAGUUGACAUGGGAAGCCAGUGAUUAUAAGUGAACUGAAAAAAGGAUGUUGUAACACUGAGUUGUGGACUUUUCAUAAAUUAGGCGAGAGGAAGUAUAUGGGGGGAGGGCCAGGUAAGUAAUGCUUCUUAUCAUUAAUUAUUUCCCCCCUCAUUUUGAUUGGCUAAGAUAAAUGCAAAUAACUGCCCACAAAUAAUAUUCUGCUCACGCACAUUACGAUGCAAAGCCAUUUUGCUGCAAAAUAAUAGUAUGCUCAUGUGCAGCAACAUUGCAUUUGCAUUGCUCACUUGCCACUAAUCACAAUAUUUUUCUUAACCUUGUUCAAUAAUUGCUUACUAUGCUACAAAAAGAAAUCUCACAAUUAUGAAUACACUUAAUAUUUAUAAUAUCAACACAUUAUUACUGAACAAAACAGUUUUUUAAAAUAUAUUUUUGAUUGUUCUUCACAUUUGAAAUGAGGCUGCCAUGGUGCCUGCAAAGCAUAAUGGGAAGGGCUGGGGAUGCUUGCAUAUAGUGAGAUAUUGUGUAUCAAAAAAAAUGUAAUAUUAUAUACUUUAAUAAUACUAUUAAAAGCUUUAGAUAUCAA